AUGGAAGAAAGCAACAUUAACAUCACAGUGAAGUUCAUUACAGAAUCGAUACCAAUAACUGCAUCGCAUGACUCAACAGUUCAACGCUUGAAGAGCAUUCUUGUACCUCUCACUAGUGUCCACCCUGUUGACCAGAAACUCAUCUUUAAAGGCCGAAUUUUGGAUAACGAGAAGUCUUUGAGAGAAUCUGAGAUCAACAAUGGAGCCAAGAUCAUGCUUGUGGGCACUAAAGAUUUCAGAGCUGAUAAGGGCCGUAUUAUAUUGUGGAAGUAUACCAAGUGUAUAGAUUUGGCCGCGGAAAACCUGAAGGACAUUCCUGAAAAAGUUUGGCGUUGUGCACCUUUUAUAAGAACCCUUAAUAUCGGCUACAAUUCCAUUCAACAAGUACCUCACCGGAUUGAUUGUUUUAUUGAAUUGAGGGAAUUGUAUCUUUCGGGAAAUGAUUUGUCGGAUGAAUCCAUUAGCUGGCGAGGACUCACAAGUCUGAAGCUUCUACAAGUUCUAUGUUUAGCCCUAAACUGUUUGAACACUUUGCCUCCGACGCUGGGUCUUUUGACUUCUCUGCAGAGGCUAGAUGUUGGACACAACAACUUAACUGCCCUCCCAAUUGAAAUAGGAAAUCUGACUGAGCUUGAAGAUUUGGAUGUCAACAAUAAUUGGAUUAGUUCCAUUCCUGCAAGUAUAGGCAACUGUACGUGUCUUAUCAAGGUGAAUCUUUCAUCAAAUUACCUGUCUGAGUUGCCAGAUGAAUUCUGCAGUUCGCAUAACUUGAAGGCUUUGGAUAUCAGUGACAAUGCUAUGAAAAGCCUCCCAAAUUCUUUAUUCAAGAUGUGCGACCAGCUAUCAAAUUUGGAUCUUCGUAAUACAGAAAUCACCAGAGAUACCCUAUUGCAGUAUGAAGGAUGGGAAGAUUUUGACGAGCGCCGUCGUGCAGAGCGUCAGAGGCGAAGAGAGGAAAUUUUUAUUCCUGCUGAAUUUGAUGAAUUGGCUGAUAUUAUAUUGAGUGAUCCGUAUCCGGAUACAGAUACGGAUGGUAGUUCUACAAGAUUUUCUCCCUCGAACAUUCUGUUGGAAGUAAUGAAAACUGUUGAAUUACUGCCAGGGUUUUUGGCGCCAAGCUUGAAUGUUGCUGGGCAGAUUGCAGUUGGUGAAGAUGUAGAUCUUUCAUCAAAUCAUCUGUCUGAGUUGCCAGAUGAAUUUUGUGAAGGAUGGGAAGAUUUUGAUGAACAGCGUCGUGCAAAGCAUCAGAAGCAAAUAGAUUUCAGAGUUAUCAAUUUUGCUGAAUUUGAUGAAGGUGCUGAUAAAAAUUCAGUUGAUUGUUAA